GUGUCUAUCAAAGUUUAUUGUUUAACAAAAAAUUAUCAAUAUUAUGAUUGUUAAUUUAUAAAAUUAUCAAUCUACUUAAAAUUAUAUCUGUAUUUAAUGUUGUUUUUUAAGAAAAAAUUGAUAUUUAUCGUAAAGGUUUUUUUGUAAUAUUUAAAUUACAACAAUAACAAUUUAAAAGAGAGAAAAAAAAAAAAAUAAAUAAAUAAAAAUGGAAAUAGCAAUGGAUAAUAUGAUUUAUUCGGCGUCAAUGAACUUGGUGGACAUUGUCGUUGAUGAAAUAGCACUUGAAGGUAUGGAUGGUAUAACAUUGGAGGCAUUAUGGACAAGAUUAUCAAUAAGACUUGAUUCUCCAUUACCAAUGAGUGAAUAUUUUAUGGAACAAGUAUGGGAAGUAUGUAUAUCAAUAAAAGAUUUAAAAUUUUAUGAAUUACCAAAAGCAAGAACAAAACUUGUACUAUUUAAUCGUUACAAUUAUGUUGAUGAAGAUUUGGGUACAAUAAUAGAACCAGAUGAUGUACCAGAUGAUAUUUAUAAACAUUGUCCAAUUGAUGAUAUACAAAAUAAUGUUAGAGGUUCAUGUAUGGAUUACAAUACACGUAGAUUAUUAAAUAAUAAUAUUAAAAAUAGAACAUUAAAAAAAACAAUAAAUAAAUAUGGUAAUAAACUUGUUAUUGUUGCAUCACAAAGUUUACGUGAAAAUGCAUUAAUGGGUGAUUUUGUAUGUCCAACAAUUGAUUUAACUAUAAAACAAUAUUGUUUUUUAGAAAGAAUUGGAAGAUCACGUUAUCAUGGUGAAGUUACACAAGGUAAAAGAAGUUUAGUUGUAUUAGGUGAAGAUCCAAAAACUUUAUUUUAUCAUAGAAAAGUAUUAACAAAACAUAAAUUAAUAACAAAACAAAUGCAUCAUCAAAAAAAUUCAUUUCAUGGUACACCUGGUUCAUUAUUACAUUUAGUACGUUUUUAUGUUGAAAGAAAACCAAAAAUGAUAUAUCUUGCUGAAAAAAUUGUUGAUUUAUUAAAAACAAAUAAUUCAUAUACAAUUGAUUUACAAAUUAUUAAAAAAAAUAUACAAAUGGAUGAUGCAUUACGUAAAUUAAUGAAAAUGACAUUUUUUAAAAAAAUUGUAUGCACAAUUAAUGUGCCAUAUAGAAAAUUAUAUCCAAAUGCAAUUGAAAAAGAAUGGAAAAGAAAAUCAAGUGAUAAAGAAAAAUAUUUAUAUGCAUUACAAUUAAUAAAUCCAAAUUAUCAAGUUAAUGAUUUAUGGUAUAAUGAUGAUACUUGUGAUGAUGAUGAUUAUUUUGAAUUAGAUAUAUCAUCACAAUGUAUUAAUAGACCAUUAUUAACACAAGCUAAUGAAAUUGUUGAGUCAAAAAUAUAUGAUGGUAUGAGUCAAACUGAUUUAUCAAAAAUAAUGGGACUAACAAGACUUGGAUCAAGAUCAAUGUUUAGAAAUUUAGAAAAAAUUGGUAUUGUUGGUAUGUAUAUUGAUGAUGUUGGUAGACAAAGAACAUCAAAAUAUGUAUCACGUAAAUAUGAAAAAAAUAGUAACUUAAGUAAAACAUAUUUAGCUGAAAAAAAUAAAUUAUUAGAACACAAAAGAAUAUCAAUGUCAUUCAAUAAUAGCCAUUCAACAACACCAACUGUUGACAUUAAUAAUCAACAAUUUUGUUCUGUAUUUAUUAAAACUGAUAUUGAUGAAAAUUUAAAUGACGAUAUUAAUAAUGAUGAUCAUGAUAUUAAUGCUGAUGAUGAUAAUGUUAAUGAUAAUAAUAAUAUUGAAAUAAUUGAACCAAUUAAAAAUUUAAAUAAUAUAACUUUUAUAAAACGUAGUAAAUUAUUUUCUCAUGUAAAUAAAGUUUUUAAAAAAUAUAAAUUAAAUAGACAUUAUAAAAUAACAUUUAAAAAUUUAGCUGAAAAAUUUAUCAAUGAUAAAAGCAAUGAUUAUAGUAUGAUGGAUGAGCUAGUAUUAAGAAAAAAUUUAUCAAAUCAUUGUAGUGUUGUUAUUAAAGAAGGUAUAUUAAAAAGAUAUAGCCAAGGUAAAUGCAAUGAAAAAUUAAAAAUACCAUCAUUAUCAACAAAAAAAAUAACACGUAAAAAUAUGAUAUCAGAUACACUUGAAAAAUAUAAAAUAAUUGAUAUUAUUAAAAUGAUGAAUAUUAUUGAUGAUAAAGAAAAAUAUUGUGGUACAAAAAUUGAUAAAAAAUCAAUAUAUAGAUUACUUGAAGAAAUGGAAGAUGAAAAAUUAUUAAAAAAUAUAAAUAUAACAUUAACAUCAUUGGAUAAACAAAAAAUACAAAAUAAAUUAUUAAUAUGUCAUUUGAGUAUUAAUAUUAAUGAGGCAUUAUUUCAAUUAGCAAUUGAAGAUGCACAAUUAAAAUUUACUCAUCCAAUUGUAUGUCGUAAUACAAAAAGACGUAUUGCAUAUAAAAAAAAUAAAGGUAGUUUAAAGGUAAAAUCAACAAAAGAAAUUAAUAAAAGUACAAAACAAUUUGAUAAUGAUGAUGAUGAUGAUAAUUAUCAUGUAUCACCAAUUGAAUUAGUACGUGAUAAUCGUGCUGGUUAUAAAUAUGGUAUUAAGCCAAAAUUUGGACGUAUGAAAAUGUUACAUUUAUUUUUAUAUUAUCGUAUAUAUGAUAAUAAAAAUAUAAAUAAAAAAAUUUUAACACGUAAACAACAAAUAAAUGAGCUAUGUCAACAUCGUAAUAUUAUUAUUGAUGAUAAACUUGAUAAAGAAAUGUCAAAAAUAUAUAAUACAGAUGCUGAUUGGAAAAUGUUUAUACCACCAUUGUCGUUAGAAAAAAAUUCACCAAUUGGUUGGAUAUCAAUGUCAGAAAUUGUUUAUUUUAUGCCAUUAUCAUUGUGUUUAAAUAUUUAUAAUCCAUGUCAUAUUAUACCAGAUCUUGAUGAUUAUAUUAAUCAUCCAAUACGUAAACAUUAUUUAAUUAAAGAUUUAUCUGUAUCUCUAAAAAAAACAUUAUUUGAUAAUAAAUACAUGUCAUCAGUAUAUGAAUCAAUAAAACUACUGUGUUAUAUUGGUCUCAUACAAUUUGGACCACAUCAUUACAAACGUAAAGAUGAAAUUGAAAUAUAUGUUAAUCAAAAAAGUGAAUUAAUAAAUACAAUUGAUACAUCACCAAAUUAUUAUCGUAUUGAUAAAGAUAAAAAAUAUCCAAUUGAAAAAUUUAUAUUUAAUACAAUGCAAGAUGUUGAUGAAUACUGGAAUCGUAUGCAUUAUAUUUGUAUAAAUACACCACUUGGUAGUAAAAUAGCUGAUGAAGGUAAAGAAAUUGAAUUUGAAAAAUUAAUAUAUAAACCAGAUAUGAUUAAAUCAAUACAACCAGUUGGUUAUAAUCAAGCUAAAAAUAAUGAUAGUGGUAUAUUACCUGGUGAUAAACUUGGUGCUGCUGGUAUUGAUUCAGCAUUUUUUUCACAUCGUAAAAGAAAUUGGGAUUGUAUUAAUGCUAAUAAUGACAAUCAAUUAUAUCAACGUGACAUGAUGUAUCAUGAUACAUAUUAUAAUAUUAGAAAUACACGUUUAUCAAAAAUACGUGCUAAACCAGUUAAAUUUGUUGAUUUAACACGUCAAAAAUCUGGACCAACAAAUCUCAAUGCAAGUGAUUUAAAUAAUGAAACAACACCAUCAUCAUCAUCUUCAUCAUCUUCAUCAUCAUUAACAUCAAAAGAUACCAACAUUAACAAUAAUAAUAAUAACAACAACAAUAACAACAAAGUUGAUAAAUAUGAUGAACAAAUAAUUGAUAAUAUUAUAAAUAAUAAUAGUGCAAUUAAAAAAAAAAGUUAUUCAUAUAUAAGAAAAAUAUUACCAAGAAAAAAAAAACAAAGAAAACGUGUUAAAUAUGAUGACAUUGAUAAAAUAGCAUUACAAAAUAUGAAUAAAUUACGUGUUGAUUGGAGUCCACAUGAGGAUAGUAUAUUAUUAAUGUGUAAAGUUGUUAUGAUGUAUUUAUGUCCAAAUCCUCGUAGUCAAUUAAUAACAUUUACAGCAGUACGUGAUGUAUUACGUUUAUAUUCAUCAACAAUAUCACAAAAUAAAACAUCAAGAGCAUGUCAACGUAGAUUAUUAUAUAUGCUUAAAGAUCCACAUACUCUACAAAGUGUUGCCCUACGUGUUGAAGAAAUAAAACAAAAUUUUUUUAUAACAGAUAAAUAUGGUGAUAUUGUUGAUAAAAUAUGUAAAUUAAGUGAUCAUACUGAACGUGAUGAUAAAUGUGCUGAAGUAUUUAAAGAACUUGUUGCAUAUGUUGUUAAAAAAUAUUAUAAUAUAUCACGUAAAGAUGUUAAUAAUGAUAUGUAUAAAAUUAAUACAAUACAAGAAUUUAAUUUAAUAUAUGAUUUAAUUGAUUCACAAAAAUUACAAUAUUUACGUAAUAAACAAUAUGAUAUUAAUAAUAUACAUGAUAUACAUUUAUCAACAAUUAAUUCAGUACUUUAUAGUUCAAUGAAUAAUUCAACAUUAACACCAUGUGAUUAUCAAUUUGAAAAAAUAUAUAAACAAUAUCCAGAAUAUUUAUUGAGAAUUGCAAUUGGAAAAAUUCGUUCACAUCAAAUGAUAUCAUUAAAAAAAUCAUACAAAGCUGUUACUAGAAAACGUGGUAAUUUUAUGCCAUUAUCAAGUCGACAAUAUCAAUUUAGUAUUAAUUAUAAUUAUAAAUUUCAAACUAAAUUACCAUAUGAUAUUUAUCAUGAAAUAUAUGAUUUUUUUAUUAAAAUUUUUAAUUAUUAUAAUGAUAAUAAUUAUGAUAAUAAUGGUAUAAAAAUUAAUUCAUCAACAAAUGGUGGUAUGAUUAUUGGUAUUUAUGAAUUUUUAAAAUUUAAUAAUAUUAAUUUUAAUGUUGAUAUACCAGAUCAUAUUAUUGCACUUGAUCCAAAUUGUGGUGAACGUGAUGAAACAUUUACUAGAAUAUCAACAAGAUAUCAAGAUAUAUUAACAACUUUGGAACAAUUACAUUUUGAACGUAAUAGUGUGAAUAUUAAACAAGAAAGACAAUGUGAUGAUAAUUCAAAUGAGGAUAUUGAUGAUGAUCUAGAUGAUGACAUGAAUAUGGAUAUGGAUAUAAAUACUGAAGAAUCAGAUUUUAAUGAUGAAGCUGAUAAACAAAAAAGAAAAAGUAGAAGUGGUAGUAAUUAUAAAACAUUUACUUGGACAUUUCCUUAUGUCAAAGCACUAUUAUUUGAUGAAAAUCAUGAUGAUAAUCAAGAUAAUAGUACUAAAAUUCAUGAAAAAAGAUAUGAUAAUUAUUUAAAUGAUAAUUUAAUUGACAGUGAUUUUAUACGUCUUCAAGAUGGUACAGUUAUUGAAAUAACAAAAAAUGAUGUUGAUAAAGAAAAGUUGUCACAAUUUGAUGAAGAUAUUUAUGAUAUAUUUAUCAAUACACGUGAUGAUGAGGAUAAAAAAAAACAUAGUUAUAAUGAUCGUAGUACAAUUAUUAAAUUAAAAGCAUUAGAUGACAAUGAUUCAAUACAUAAAAGAAAUACAAGCAAAUUAAAUAAAACUACUCAACGAAAAUCAACAAAAUCAAAAGAUCAUGAUGAUUAUGAUGAAUAUAAUGGUAGUAAUAAAUAUAUGGAUCAUGAGCUAAUUGAUUUAACAGAUAAAAAUAAAAGAAAAGAUGAUCAAUAUGAUGUUAAAAGAAGAUAUACAAGACUUGCUAUGUUAAAAAUGAGAGAAGAACUUACUGGUGAUUUACCAAAUAGUCAUCAUGCACAUGAAUAUUUUGUUGUUAAUGCAUUUGAUAUUUUUUAUAAAUUAACACAAAUUGAAAAUGAAAAAAUUAAUAAUCCAAGACUAGUAAUUGAUGAUAAUUUAAAGAAAAAUAUUUUAAUGGUUAAUGAUAAAUUGUAUGAUGAAAUAAUAUCUGAUUUAACUGAAUAUACAUUAUUUCCAACUGAUUUACUUGAUUUUGAUGCUAUUAAAAAAUCAUUAAUUAAACAUUUUAAUAUUAAUAGUAAUUAUGUUGAUAAUAUUAUUGAUUAUAUAGAGGGUAAACGUGAAUUUGGUGCAACAUUAAAAGACAUAACAAUUAAUUUUUAUAAAUUAUUUGAUAAUAAAUUAUAUAAAAUAAUAUCAUUUUUAACAAAAAGUAAAUUAUUUUUACGUUCUGGUGUUACUGAAACACGUUUUAUUCAUAAAAAAUAUGCUGAUCCAUGGAUGAUUAAAUCAGAUAUAGUAAAACCAUGUCCAGAAGAAAAUAUUAACAUUGAUGAUCAAGAAAAAAAAAUAAACGAUGAUGAGGAAGUUAAUAAUUGUGAUAUGAAUAUGGAAAUUGAUGAAGAUAAUAAUUCAACUGCUUCUAAUAAAGAACCCAUUAUUCAAAAUAUACAAACAUCAGAUUCAACUACAUCAGAAAAAAUAAAUGUCAUCAUAAGACCAUGGAUUAAAAUUGAUGGAACAAUUAAUCAUAAAGUGUAUGAAAAAAUGCUUGGAGCUAUAUUGUCACAUUGUACAAUGAAUCCUGGUAUAUUUAUGACUCAAGUUCAGGAUAGAUUUUCACCAGCUUUACAAUAUCAUCAUACACGAGAACUAAUUGAGGUUCUUGUAAAACUUGGUUGUUUAAAAUUGACAAUAUUACAAAAACCACCUUCAACAUUAUUUUCAAACUGGCAAUAUUCACGUCUCAAAUGUCCAUUGGUAAGUGAUGGCUCAUCUGAGUUUGAUGAUGAAAUUAUAAUUGAUACAACAGUUUGUUCAACUGUAAGAUUUUCAUCAUUUCUACGUGAAAAUAGAGAUAAAUUACAAUCAUAAAAAUUUAAUUGUGAUUAUUUUUUUAUAUUAUAAUAAAACUAUUAUAAACUUAUUCGACAAAUUUUAUAAUAAUUAAUGAAAUACACGUUUUUUUAAAUUAUCAUUGUUAUUUGUAUAAUUUUAUUUAUUUUUUGCUUGAGUUGGAGAAAUGAAUUGCAAUUUUUUUUUUUUAUCAAUUAGUU